CCCGCGUCCCAUCCCGGGGCUCCGUCCAGCUCGCACCCGCCGCCCGCAUGGCCGCCCCCCGCAGCCUCCUCGCGCUGCUCCCGGUGCUCGCGCUCGCCCAGGCGCAGAUCAGAGGCCCGCCCGGAGAGCCUGGACCCCCGGGACCCCCGGGGCCGCCGGGAGUGCCUGGAUCCGACGGAAUCGACGGCGACAAGGGUCCCCCUGGAAAAGCUGGCCCUCCGGGACCUAAGGGAGAGCCCGGCAGAGCAGGGCCAGAUGGAGCAGACGGACAGCCCGGCAUUGAUGGUCUAACCGGGGCCAAGGGAGAGCCUGGCCCUGUGGGGACCCCUGGAGUCAAGGGACAACCUGGGCUCCCGGGUCCUCCAGGCCUGCCAGGCCCUGGCUUCGCUGGACCUCCUGGACCCCCUGGUCCUGUUGGCCUACCUGGUGAGAUGGGACUAACAGGCCCCAAGGGGGAUCCUGGACCAGAAGGACCAUUGGGACCUCCAGGACCCCCAGGGAAACCGGGCCGCCCUGGAACCAUCCAAGGCCUGGAAGGCAGCGCAGAUUUCCUGUGUCCCACCAAUUGUCCUGCGGGUGUGAAAGGCCCUCCCGGGCUUCAGGGAGUGAAGGGGCACCCUGGCAAACGCGGUGUUCUGGGAGAUUCUGGCCGCCAAGGAAAGCCGGGUGCCAAGGGAGAUGUGGGUCCCUCUGGAGAACAAGGCAUCCCUGGACCGCCGGGCCCUCCGGGGGCCCAGGGCUAUCCAGGCAUGGCAGGGCCCAAAGGAGAAAAGGGUCCUCAAGGCUACAAAGGCAUGGUGGGCUCCAUUGGUGCUGCCGGGUCCCCGGGUGAAGAGGGGCCACGGGGGCCACCAGGCCGAGCUGGGGAGAAGGGCGAUGUGGGCAGCAGAGGAGUUGGAGGACCUCAGGGCAUCACAGGACCCAAGGGAGCAGCUGGCCCUCCAGGCAUUGACGGCAAGGAUGGGACCCCUGGCAUACCUGGCAUGAAGGGCAGUGCGGGACAGGCGGGGCAUCCGGGGGCCCAAGGACACCAGGGCCUUGCAGGUGUGCCGGGCCAGCCAGGGACAAAAGGAGGUCCUGGAGACAAGGGCGAGCCAGGGGCGCGGGGCUUUCCAGGAGUGUCUGGUCCCCCUGGGAAAGAGGGAGAAGUGGGGCCUAGAGGAGAAAUUGGCCCGCAAGGCAUCAUGGGUCAGAAGGGAGACCAGGGUGAGAGGGGGCCAGUGGGGCCACCUGGUCCUCUAGGACAGCCGGGUCCCAAGGGGGAGCAGGGUCCCCCUGGAAUUCCAGGGCCACAAGGUUUGCCAGGCGUCAAGGGAGACAAGGGAUCCCCAGGAAAGACUGGACCACGAGGAGGAGUGGGUGACCCAGGGGUUGCAGGCCUCCCUGGAGAGAAGGGGGACAAGGGCGAGUCUGGGGAGCCAGGACCCAAGGGCCAGCAAGGAAUUCGAGGAGAACCUGGCUAUCCUGGCCCCAGUGGGGAUUCGGGUGCCCCAGGGGUGCAGGGCUACCCUGGACCCCCAGGUCCCCGAGGACUUGUUGGAAAUCGAGGCCUUCCGGGCAGGCCUGGCAGACAGGGCGUGGCGGGCCGGGAUGCCAGUGAUCAGCACAUAGAGGAUGUGGUGCUGAAGAUGAUGCAAGAGAAGCUGGCUGAGGUGGCUGUGAGUGCCAAACGGGAGGCCCUUGGUGCUGUGGGAAUGAUGGGACUCCCUGGGCCCCCAGGCCCUCCUGGAUAUCCAGGCCAGCAGGGACCCCAUGGGCACCCUGGCCCUCGGGGCAUUCCUGGCAUUGUGGGAGCUGUGGGUCAGAUCGGCAACACAGGGCCCAAGGGAAAACGUGGGGAGAAAGGUGAUCAGGGAGACAUGGGGCGUGGCCACCCCGGAAUGCCCGGGCCCCCAGGGAUCCCAGGACUCCCUGGCCGGCCUGGCCAGGCAAUCAAUGGCAAGGAUGGAGACCGAGGGUCCCCGGGGGCCCCAGGAGAGGCGGGUCGCCCUGGUUUACCUGGCCCAGUGGGGCUGCCAGGCUUCUGCGAGCCUGCAGCCUGCCUGGGAGCCUCUGCCUAUGCCUCUGCACGCCUCACUGAGCCUGGGUCCAUCAAGGGGCCAUGAGUCCAUAAACAUCCUGGGGGACGGGCUCGAAACCUGAACCAUCCCACAGCCCAGAAUACUGGUUCUCCCGGGACCUUCUGGCCUGGACCCAGGAAGCUUGAGAAAAAGACUGGAAUGAAAAAAAAGAUGAGACCAAUACACAUGCUGGAGUCCCGGCUCCCAAGGGAAGCAGGUGGCUUUCCUGCUCACUGGGUGGUACAUGGCUAGAGACAAGUGUUCCCUGAGCUCGUGCCACCCCCCACUGAUCCUCUUGUCCUGUGGUGGGGGCUGAGGUCUCUUCGAGCUUCUGCUCCCACUACCACCUCUCAGUUAACCAGUGGGGGGGCUGUGCUGAGGUGACCAGCUUCAAGCUAAUCCCUCAACUUCUUCCCUUUCCCUCCCGGAUUGAAGUAUUUAAACACCUCCCCUCCUUUCCCAGUAUCAUUCUCUUGACACCCUCAGAUUGUUUUGUAAAUAAAGUGCCCAUUGGGUCCAAACCAGGACAGUAGUUGGGUCUAACUGGGCCAGGGUUGUUGCUGGGUGGAUCAGGGGUGCUGGGGAAGAAAACCACCAUCAUGGACCCACCCUCUUUCUUGGCUCUAAUACAUGCACAUUCAAGCACA